AGGGUAGCCCCCGCGUGCCACAGCUGGAGCAGGCCCACGCACGGCCACAGAGGCCGACGGGCAGCCACGGAGGCCUACGCAUGGUAACAGAGACCCACGCACGGCCACGGAGCCCCACGCACGGCCAUGGAAGCCCAUGCAUGGCCACGGAGGCCCACACACCAUCAUGGAGGUCCAUGUACGGCAACAAAGGCCCACGCACGGCCACGGAGCCCCACGCAUGGCCAUGGAGGCCCAUGCACAGCCAUGGAGCCCCACACACGGCCAUGGAGGCCCACGCACCAUCAUGGAGGCCCACGCACGGCAACAAAGGCCCACGCAUGGCCACGGAGCCCCACACACGGUCAUGGAGGCCCACGCACAGCCACGGAGGCCCACGCACGAUCAUGGAGGCCCACGCACGGCAACAAAGGCCCACACAUGGCAACAAAGGCCCACACACGGCAACGGAGGCCCAGCAAAGUCAUAUGUAA